UUUGCAAUAGAAAAUGCUUGUUAUUUGGGCAUUUGCGUGUUUUGACCUUACCUUCUCCAGUGUCACUUUCCUAGAUAUACUCCGAGGCCAAGAGAAAACACAAGGACUCGAUUCCCCACCACUGUUCCUUCCUCUGUUUAACUUUAUGGAUUUCUUAUUUUAUACAUUGUUCUGUUCUUGUCCAUUACUUUGCUAACAAGCACAUGCAUCAAUACCAGUCUCCUCUCCAACCAUUUCUCUCUUCCUGAUCUCACUCUCUCUUUCCUUGAGCAUGUCUGUUGCAGAAAGCAAAAGGCAAUGAAUUAUAUCUCGCUUUCUACUUCAUCGCGUCUCUCCUCUUGUGUUCUUGCUCUCCAGCUGUUGCGAGCACUAGAUUUAGUUUUCUUGCUCCCUUUGAACUUUUUCUCUGCAUAUCCUUUCAGGAGGACCAUGUCUCACACAUCCUGAAAGAAGAAAAAAGAAAAGAAGCAAAAGACUAGAGAUCCACUUACAAGAUUGGAGCCUUUUAUGCAUGCUCAAUUUGGGUUUCUUUAUUGUCAAGUGUCGUUGAGAAAAAGCGAGUGGCUGGAGGGGAAAAAUCCAAACCUAGCUUGAGGAAAAAAGAUGCCCUUGGAAGGGGUUUUCAUCGAGCAUUCUUCAAGCCCAGUUCCUGAUCUUUCUUUACACAUAAGCCUGCCUAGCGCCAGCACUCCCGCUGCGUCAAUCUGCCACGACAUCAAUGGAAGAGAGGAGAGCGUCGAUCUUUGGAGCAAAGGCGAAGCUCUCAAAUCGAGCAGCAACUGCUCCGUGCGGGUCGACUCACAUGCCCACACCGAGCUUUCUCUAGCACACCCAGCGAAUGCCGCCAUCGGCAACGAGAACUGGUGUCGGAUGAAUUUCUCCGUAGAAGCUAAAGAUGUGCUCCCGAAUAACCCUUACCAAAAGGGUCAUAAUGGCGGGGUUUCUCCGGUCGAUGUGAUGGACAGCACAAGGCCAAUCAAAGGGAUCCCCAUCUAUCAGAACCGCUCUUUCCCGUUCCUACCCAUGGAGAACGCGAGAGAGAAGGAUCCCAAGCUUUGCCUUCCACAAGUGCCUUAUUCCUCUUGGUCACCAUCCAUUUCGCCUUCGUCAUCGUGUUCCUCCAAAGCGUUCCACUCGCCGGCACCUUACCUUGGUAGGAGCUUAAAUCCUUUCUCAAUCUUAAAUUCUGGAACGCCCGAUCCGUCGUCAUCAGGAUAUCAAAUACCAGCGACGGGGAGAUUUGGCGGUUUGUCAGCUUACCAAUUGCACCAGUAUCAUCACCACCAUCAUCAUCACAGUCAGUACGCAGUCAUCGGAUCAUCCGAGGCUUCACAUGGCAUGAUGAGAUCAAGAUUUGUGUCGAAGCUCCCGGUGAAGAGAAGCAUGAGGGCCCCCAGGAUGCGGUGGACAAGCACACUCCACGCCAGAUUCGUCCAUGCCGUUGAGCUUCUAGGAGGCCACGAAAGAGCUACUCCGAAGUCGGUUCUUGAGCUCAUGGAUGUCAAAGAUCUCACCCUUGCUCAUGUCAAGAGCCAUUUGCAGAUGUACCGAACUGUUAAGACAACUGACAAGCCUGCAGCUUCCUCAGGCCAAUCAGAUGGGUCUGGAGACGAGGAUGUUUCACCGAUGUGUAACGUGAGUGACCACAGCUCGCGCAGAGUCACCGAUCAAAGGAAGAUGAUAGAUGGAUCUGCGCAUGUUGACAUGGAUACUCCUUCCAGUACUAUUCUAUGGAGCAACUCAUCGAGCAGUAGAUCAGAGGUGUGCCGGCGGUCAAAUCCAACUGAUGAUGGGGAUGGACUCAGACAGCCUCCAUUCCACACCCAUCGAAGGAGUCUUGGAGUUGAGGGGUCUGAUUCGAUGGAGAGAUUAUUGCUACCUACGCAAAGUUCUCAGAACCCAAGUUUAGAGUUUACAUUAGGGAGACCGGAUUGGCAAGGCGAGGAAGAUGACUGAAGUGCUUACACUCAUUAGAGUCUGAAUAACAGAUAAAAAAGGUUAAUGUUCUUGAUUUCAGAUCACGAGAUGACGAUGACAUUGUGAUUGUUGGGAAUGAGAUUGGAAUGUCACCUUCAGUCGGCAUAAGGUGUUGCCUAUCGUCGAAUUUAUCGAUUGAAGUAUCCAUUCUUCUGUUUUCAACUGCUGAGUUCGUUAGUUUUGAGAGACUGUAGGAUCAAAAGACUAGACAACUUCUAACUAUAAAAGCGUCCUCUUUGUUUUUCCAUUUGGAUCAAACGGUCAGAUAAAUAGGAUACAUGUAGAUGGCAUUCUGGUU